UUAUGCACACUAUUAUCAAGGCGUAAUGGGCGGGGCCCGUGAAAUUUCAGACAGGAUUUUCUCCCAUGCACGUCCAGGUGAUCUUAUACAAUUAGAGUUGAUAGGACCUCAGUUGCAGAAUAAUGUUUCAGUCAUUUUAAGGGACAAUCGUGAUUUGAGUGAAUUUGAAAAUUUAUUUCUCAGGGCGGUACAGUCAAACUGGUCAGUAAUGUGCGAGGGCUCGCUCGAGCUUGUAGCUCAGAUCGUUAGACCCCCAGCCGGUAGUGGUAAGAGGAUGCUUAAACACAUCCUUGACAAUGAAAUUGUCAGAAAGAAAAGGCGCUUUUUAUAUAUUGUUCAUAACCCCGCAAAUAAGUUAUGUUUUGCUAUAAGUCUUGCCCACCUUCUGUACCCCUAUUUUAACGAUCAACAAGCAGAGGUUUUCGGUAGAGAAAUUCAGCAAAAAGCUGGUUUAAAUGAUCAAACGCCUGUUGGUUUUAAUCAAAUAAUUACAUUUGAAAGGUUACUCGGAUGUAAAAUUAUAGUAUUUUACCGUAACGAACACGAUCGCAGCCUUUGUAAAUUUGAAACUAGUACACCAAAUACAGAAAGACCCCUUUGUUUAUUUUUAUUUGAUAAUCAUUACUACGCUAUCAAAAAUCUAAAAGGAUUUAUAGGAACACACUAUCUCUGUAAUCAUUGUUACAUGGGGUACAACCACGUGUUAGCCCACUUUUGUCCUGCUCGCUGUUCAGUCUGCAUGCAGCCUCGGUGCAGCGAACUCUCCCUCUCUCCUAUUCAGUGUCGCGAUUGUAAUCGCACCUGUCGUUCUUCCUAUUGUUUCGAGAGCCAUAAAAAACUCCUGCAGAGGCGUGAAAGACUCGCCAGCAACUGUCAGCUCUAUAAAAAAUGUGUCAAGUGUUCCAGACUUUAUUAUUUAGCAGCAAACGAAAAACCUCACAAAUGUCAAAACAGGAAAUGCCCAAUCUGUCACCAGGAAAUCUCCACUGAUCAGCAAACGCAUCAGUGCUACAUGCAGGUUUUAGAACGCGAGACAAAACACAACAACAAGUUGAUUUUUUACGAUUUUGAAACGUUUGUAAAUGAAACCGGUGAGCACACUCCUUUUCUGGUUUGUACGAAAACUUUAGACGGUAAAUCCUGGAACUGUGUUGGGGAGGACUGUGCAGAAAAGUUUCUCGCUCAUUUUAGACGUCCACUCUUUAAGGGCUGUAUUUUUAUCGCCCAUAAUGCAAAAGGUUUUGACGGGUACCUUAUUUUAUCCCGAAUGGCUAAACAAGGCUUAAAACCACAUUUAAUUAUGCAAGGGUCCAAACUCAUCAGCUUUACAGACCCAGACUUUAAUCAAAGAUACAUGGACUCCAGCUGCUUUCUCCCUAUGCCCCUGUCAGGUAUCCCAAAAGCAAUGGGAUUUUCAGACAGCGUAAAGGGUUUCUUUCCUCACCCUUUCAGUUCCAGAGAAACUCUAAAAUAUGUAGGCCCCUACCCUCCACCCUCAGCUUACAGCAUAGAGAGAAUGACAACAAAAGGCAGGGAUGAUUUUUACAAAUGGUAUGAUUCAGUCAGCUCUGGUACCUUCAAUUUCAUGAAAGAGGCCCUGUCAUACUGCGAAAACGAUGUUGAAAUUCUAGCUGAGGGCUGCAAAUUGUUUAGAAACGGGUUUAUUGAGGAAACAGGAGUAGAUCCUUUCAGCCGCAACACGCUUGCAAGUGCCUGCCUGAAAACUUUUUUAACAAACUUCAUGCCAGCCAAUUCUUUAGCAAUACCAUGUCCCUUAAAUUACCGUAAUCAGGUCAAAUCAUUUUCCUCUGCCUCAAUUCAAUGGCUAGAAUAUCUCUCGUACACGCAAGGUGUUUUUAUCAGACAUGCGCUAAAUCAAGGAGAAAAAAAGCUGGGUAGUUAUUAUUUAGAUGGAUAUGCCCUAAUUAAUGAUAAACCAUAUGUCUGGGAAUUUCUGGGUUGUUACUUUCAUGGGUGUGUUAAGUGUUUUUCAAAUCAGGCCGACAUUAAUCCCUUGUUAGACCUAACUUUUGCAGAGCUAAACAGCCGCACUGAAGAAAAACUGGCUAAAUUGAGAACUGAACAUAACAUGUGUCUUGUUACAAUCUGGGAGCACGAGUGGACCGAGUUGAAACGUACUGAUGUGAGUGUAAUCAACUUCCUCAAACAUUACGAACCGCCAGAACCUUUGAACCACCGCCAUGCCCUCUUUGGAGGGCGUACAAGCCCUGCACAGCUGCACUGCAGUGCAGGCCCUGGGGAGAGAAUCGGUUAUGUGGAUGUUACCUCGCUGUAUCCGUUUGUAAAUAGCACCUGUAGUUACCCCUUAGGACAUCCUCAAAUAAUCUUUCGAAAUUUUCAGCACCCUAAAAACUACUUUGGGUUUAUCAAAGCGGUUGUAUACCCACCCAGAGCACUCUAUUUUCCAGUUUUACCUUUUAAAACUAAGUCAGGAAAGCUUCUCUUUACCCUCUGCCGCACCUGUGCUGAAAUGAACAACCAACAGGGGGCGUGUAACCAUAGCAACGAGGAGAGAGCCCUGAAAGGGGUUUGGACCACUGUAGAAUUUAAUCUUGCAUUAGAAAAGGGCUAUCAAAUAAGUAGAAUCACCGAGGUGUGGCACUUUGAGAAACAGAGUAACACAAUAUUCACAGACUAUGUACAUCAUUUCCUGCGCAAAAAACAAGAAGCUUCAGGCUAUCCAUCAGAUGUUGUAACUGAGGAGGAUAAACAGCUUUACAUUAAAGACUACCAGGCUAAGCAAGGCAUCACUUUAGACCCUGAAAACAUAAAACUAAACCCAGCUAAAAGACAAAUGGCCAAACUGUGUUUAAACUCUUUUUGGGGAAAAUUUGGUCAGAGAAAUAAUCUCACACAGAGCAAACUGGUGAGUGACCCCGAGGAAUUCUUUAAUCUGAUGUUUUCUCCAAAAUACAAAGUGACCUAUUUCUCUUUCGUCAGUGACGAUGUAGCGCUUAUUCAAUGGUGUUAUGGCGAUCUAUGUACCCCAUUGCCAAACUCCACAGAUAACAUCUUCAUUGCGGCCUUCACUACUUCAUAUGGGCGUAUGAAACUCUACAGUUAUUUGGAUCAGUUGCAGGAGAGAGCAAUUUACUACGAUACUGACAGUGUUGUUUAUCUCACCAAACAAAAUCAAUCUCAACUAGAAUUAGGUAGAUAUUUGGGUGACCUCACUAAUGAACUAGAGCAGGAUGAUUUCAUUACAGAGUUUGUUGCAGCUGGACCCAAAAGCUAUGGCUAUAUGACCAAAAAAGGUAAAGUUGUCUUGAAAGCAAAAGGGAUCACACAAACACACGACGUCUGCGAAAGGGUCAACUUUGAAUCUGUGAAAAACCUGGUUGACAAUUACAUUGAUAACAGUGAAGGAGGGCCUACACUUGAGGCACCACAGCACACUAUCCUUCGUAAUAAAGCGGGAUUUGCACUGAAAAAUUCAUCAUUCCCCAAAAAAUUCCGGGUUGUUUAUGACAAGCGUAGAUUGCUGCCAGGAGGUCUGACUUUGCCCUUUGGUUAUUGAUUAUUCUUUUGUUUUUUGUUUUGUUUUUUGUUUUUUGUUUGUUUGUUUUUUUUAAAAAAUGUUUCAACCUGCUUUAAUGGAGUUUGAUCCCAGACUUCAUGUGCCAUUUUCCUGUAUGGUUGUUGGGCCAAGUGGUUCGGGAAAGACAUUUUUUGUGAAAUCUGUAUUGGAAAACUGUGUACAUGUUUUGAACAAGCUUAUUGACAAUGUUGUGUGGGUUUAUACAUCCUUUCAGCCUCUGUAUUCUGAGCUUCAAGAGAAAAAUAAAAGCAUUAAAUUCAUUGAAGGUCUGCCUGAAUCUUUUGAAGAUGAGAGCUUGUUUCCCUCACACCAAAGUCAUCUCAUUGUACUGGAUGAUGUUAUUUUUCAAGCAGCUAAUCAUCCAGAAGUAGUUAAGAUUUUCACGCAAUACAGGCAUCAUAAAGAUAUGAGCGUAAUGUUUUUGACACAAAAUGUGUUUUUACAAGGCAAACACAGCAGGACGAUCAGUCUGAACAGUACUUAUAUGGUGUUAUUUAAAAACCCUCGUGAUAAAUUACAAGUUAAUACACUAGCUAGACAAAUAUGCCCAGGACGUGUGCAUUUCUUUUUGGAGAGUUUUGAAGAAGCCACGAGAGAGCCACACGGAUAUUUAUUGAUAGAUUUAACCCCAACCUGUCCAGAGCAACUAAGACUGAGAACAGGGAUACUACCCUCAGAACAGCUGUGUGUUUUCUUACCCAAGAAAAAAUAACAGAAACAAUGUCUGUAAGAUUGAGAAGAAACUUUGCUUUGCUGAAAACACUAACCAGAAGCUCGCCUAAAAUUCGUAAGGUUAUUUUACAAGAAUGCCCACCUGAUUUAAUUCAGGCUAUUUGUGAGAUUUGUAUGAAUCUCUUAAAAGGAAAUAUUCCAAUCACACAAUGCCAGCAUCAUAAGCUGAAACGAUAUAAGGAGAAGAUCAGACAAAUGGCAUGCCGAAAGGCUGGAGUUAGGAAGAAGAAAAAAUUAUUGAAUCAAAAAGGAGGUUUUCUUUUACCGCUCCUCACAACAGUUUUACCCAUGGUAGCUGAUUUAGCUAUAGGCGCGAUCCGUAAAUAACAAUGCAGAAAA